AGAGCUCACUGACCCCAGACCCAGAUAAAAAUCGACUUGAUCUAGCCGCCAUUCUUUAAUACCUCAGGAGAGCCUGCUUUAAGUAGUUAAUUAUCAGACAGACUGGUGCCUUCUCCUAGAAUAAUACGACCACUGAUCCAUUUCGUCAACUGACUUGCCCCUGUUGGAAAGCUGACCAUUAGCUGUUACGAUACAUAUACGACAAAUCUCCUCGAACAACACUUCCGUCUCUCCCAGAACCUACAUACUUCGCCCUUGAAUUAAUUGAUAUCCACGAGUUGACUCGAGCAACUGGUCCAGCAGUCUAAACUCUUCUUCUCCAAUUUCCACAACUCAGAACCGAGCUUUCUAACGCGAGUCAACCAACUCAACACUUACCAAUUUCACAAUGCCUGGCUUCAUCCAAUCCAUCAAAUCACGUCUGCCUCAGUCCCCAUUCAGUCCUCCUAAGCAGAGUGUACCUGCCCUUCCUUCGGUUGACUCCGCGGAACCUGUUGAAGAGGCCGCGCAGCCAGCUGAACAGCCCUCGGCUGAAAUCCUGCCAGCUGAAGCACUCAUUGCGCCCAACUCCUCAACUGUGGCCUUAACGCUUACGCCAGUUACAGGGCUGUCUAGCCAACAGACAUUCGAUGACGUCGAGGCACCUGAACCUGCUUCUGCUUCGGCUGAAGAGUCGGCCACGGAACCUGAGUCGUCCACUCAACCUGAAGUCGCAGCUCCUGACGUGGAGGAAGCUCCUCAGCUUCCAGAGACAGAGCCAUUAGCUACCGUGUCUCCCGCUGUUGAAGCCGAGGAACCCGUAAUCUCGGUACCAGACGUUGCUGAAGCGGUGGUUGCCCCUGAGACCUUUGCUCACCAAGUGUUUAAUGCCCUCAGGAUUAUUUAGUUGAAGUGUUUCUUUCUUCUUUGAACCCAUCUCCAGCCCUCUUUUCUCCCAUAAUUAUCGUUAUUCUUCCUUCCUUUCAUUGACUACAAACUAACCACAAACAUGAAAUC